AUGCAUCAUACCAUCAAAACCGAACCAAACCAUGGAUACUCGCCGCCGCCAAUUCGACAGUUUUUGAUUAAAGAGGAAUUGAUUGAUAAUUCGUAUUCAUUGUCGAUUCCCGAGAAUACAGUGGAACAAGAAGUGAUUGACGAAUGGCUAUCGGAGAUUUAUAGUGGAAUGGUCAAGAAUGACUCCUUUCGAGAGCCGAUUCGGUCGUUGAUGUCCGAAACUGCACAAAUGGAAGAGAACUUUUCAACUGGAAAUGGCUAUAUGCAGUAUCAAACCCAGGGUAAUCUGGUUACGCCGUCGUUCAAUGGAUGGUAUCCAACACAAGUUCCGGAGCUGACAACCAAGCAAGAAUUCAUCUCUGAAAAUUUGCAACUCACAACGCGCGAAGAAGAUGUGCAAGAAGACAACGUCGUAGAGGUAUGUUUUAUUCUAUUAGAAACGGAAAUGUAUCGUACUAUCGAAACUGACCCAAACCAUGAAUACUCGCUGCCGCCGCUUCGACAGACCUUGAUCAAAGAGGAGUUGAUAGAUAACUCGUACUUAUUUUCGAUUCCUGAAAAUACAGUGAAACAAAACCGGAUCGACAAAACACUGGAAUCGGAAACGUGCGAUGAAAUAUGCAAUAAUGAAUUCUUCCGAACGCCGCUUCGGUCGUUUAUGUUUGACACCGCACAGCCUGAAGAGCACAUCUUAACUGGAAACGUUUAUAUGCAGUAUCAAAAUCAGAGUAACCUGGUUACGCCGUCAUGCAAUGCAUUCUUCCCAACACAAGUUUCGGGGCUGACAAUCAAACAAGACUCCAUCUCCGAAAAUUUGCAACUCGCAUCGCGUGAAGAAGAUGCUCAGAGAGACAACCUCGUAAUGGAAAUGUAUCGUACCAUCAAAACCGACCCAAACCAUGAACACUCGCCAUCACCGCUUCUACAGUCCUUGAUCAAAAAGGAAGUGAUUGAUGAUUCGUAUUCAUUCACGAUUCCUGAGAAUACAGUGAAACAAGGAGCGUUUGACAAAAGGCUGGAACAAAAGAUUUGUAAUGGAAUGGUCAAGAAUGGAUAUCAAACUCAGAGUAAUCCGGCUCUUCCAUCAUUUAUUGGACUUCUUUCAACACAAAUCCCUGGGAUGCCAAUCAAAAAAGAAACCAAUUCUGAAAACCGGCAAGUGGCAUUGCCUGAAAAACAUAACGAAGAUGACAACAUCGUAGGGGAAUGGGAUGCAUCCACUGAACUAGAUCACUUGCCAAAUUCUGGCAAUAGCGAUUCUGAAGAAGCUACAGUGUCUCAGGAGGCAUUUACCGGAUCAACUCGAAAAAGCUUCACGCAAUGGUCCAGUGAAUGGGACAAUCUCAUCAUGAACGAGUUUUUCAAUUGCAUAAGAACCAAACGUCUCGGCUUUAAAAUAAUUGCUGAAGCAUUUCUCAAGAAACACGAAGUUGGCAUAUCGUUAAACACUGUGAUCCUGUGUUUUAAGCGUGUAUUCAAGAAACGCUUGAGAGAUCCUAAUGUGCCCGAAAAAGAGAAAAUGAAAAUGCAGAAAGCAACAAAAUCUUGGAAAAUGACAAAGAGAUAUCAGGAAGAAGUGUUGAAUAACAGGCGCCCAAUUGGAAGAAUUUUCAACACGAAAGCAACCUCAGUUAGAACAACUCAAUGGAGCAAGUCAUGGGAUAAAAUCAUAAUGGACGAGUUCAUGAAAAUUGCAAUGAACGAAUCUUUAGACGUAUUCAGCGUGAACAAAUUCUGUGAAAAAUUCAAAGACGAGCACAACCUGGCAACACCAGUUUCAAGAUUGGUUAAGAACUUUGAACAAGCAUUCAAUGAACGUUUGAAAGAUGUUAAUGUGGAGUUGGAUAGCAAGCUGAAAAUGCUUCUCAAGCAUAAAACAAAGGUGCCUUUGGAACUUACCAAACAGUUUGCAUCCUUAGGCAAUAUCCAAUAUACAAAUACUGGGGCAGUUCAGAGUUACCUUCCAAACAAUUACCCUUCCAUGCCAUUUGUUGUCGGAUUCAUGCCACUGGAUGUAUCAUCUUGGAGCCCAUAUACAUUUGUUCCGCAUAAUUACUUCAUGACCAAUCAGUAUCAGAACAAUAUCAGUGGCUUUCCACCAGGAACUAUUUGA